GUAUACAGUAUGAGUAUUUUUACCUGCGAUCUGCCUAAUAUCCAGUGACAUCAUACUGUUGGAAUAAUGCAUGGAUUAGCAGAAAUCGUCAUUUUUUUUAUGUCAGAAAGCUUUUCCAUCACUAUUUGGAGAAAAAAGUGUGUUUAAGCACUCAGAUGAUGUACAUUCUUUUUUACUACAAAUGCUGAAACCCCUGCAUCUGCCAUGCGUUUAUAUGGCACUUAUGUCAUAUGCUUAGUACUACUGAAGCUCAUUAGACUGAUGCUGUGUAAACCAUGUAACACUGCUGAGUAUAAAAUUAAUGAAGAAUGCUGUCCAAUGUGCGCUCCAGGUCACAUUGUGCUAAAACAUUGCGACAGUGAUUCUGGCACACAGUGUAAAGUGUGCACUGGAUCAACCUACACUGAUGAACCGAAUGGAUUGACAGCAUGUCUCACCUGCACUGUGUGUGAUGAAGGUGCUGGAUUAAGGGUAAAAAGAAAGUGUAAGUACGACUCAGAUACACUUUGUGAGCCUUUGCCAGGACAUUAUUGUACAGAAUCUCAUGGUGAGAGCUGCAGGAAAGCCCAAGAACACUCAGCAUGCCUCCCUGGGCAAAACAUCAACCAGACUGGAACCACUUGGAUAGAUACAGUGUGUAAGGACUGCCCUCAGGAGACAUAUUCAGAUGGAUCUUUUAUGGAUUGUAAACCACAUACAAAUUGUGAGUCUUUGGGGCAGAUAACUAUCACACAGGGAACAAAGUCAAGUGAUGCAGUGUGCACACACAAACCCUUUCAUUUUGUACUCGUCAUUGGAGUUGUGUUGCUGUUACUAUUGGUGAUUUUCAUUUUUAGUGUUUUAGCAUGGAAGAAAAAAUUAUGCUGUACAAAUAUUUUUCAAAGUUCUGGUGAUUACACGGUACCACAGAUGGUUGUAAAUUGAGCACAGAGCACCCAUAUGCUACUUAGGCUUGUUUUCAGGAUGGGAGAAGACAGAUUAAUUGAUAAUAGAGGGAAACAGAAGUUCGAAACAGCGUCUGGUGUGAAAGAACUUGACUGACAUGCGUCUGAUCUCAACCUGAUAGAACACCUUUGGAAUGAAUUGAAGCGGAGAAAUACCCUUUAAAAUUAUGCUAAACAAAAAUAUAAACAACGCUUUUAUUUUUGCUCCCAUUUUUUAUGAACCUAAAAAUCUGUAACAUUUUCUGCAUACACAAAAGACCCAAUACUCUCAAAUAUUGUUCACAAAUCUGUCUAAAUCUGUGUUAGUGAGCACUUCUCCUUUGCAGACAUAAUCCAUCCCACCUCACAGGUGUGGCAUAUCAAGGUGCUGAUUAGACAGCAAAAAUAUUGCAAAGGUGUGCCUUAGACUGAAUAUUGGACAUUUAACUCAUCAAAUUGAGCAUCAAUAUAGUGAUUUGAUGAAAAGGGUUUUGGAUCUCAAAGUUUCGGUGUCAAGGAUGAAAUCACUGCAAAGUACUAAGAAAUGUAUUAUAUAAGAAUUCCUAAAUGUUUAAAUUUUUUUAUACUCAAAUUUACACAUACAAAUAAAGGGUAAUUUGUUUUUAUCGUAUCAUUUAAUUAUUUUACAACAUAAUUGUGUUACUUCUGGGAUCUAGAGUGUGUACGGUUUCCACAGACAGAUGUCUGUAAGGACACAGGUCUCUUCUGUAAGCUGGCAAAAAGUUAUCCAAAAAUUUUCAAAGAUCAGGUGUUCAACUCUCUAAAUGUUCACGGGAACACCUCCAAGCCAUCUCAGCCAGGAUCAUCAAUCACGGAACUAUGUCUUUCUUUAAACGUUUUGCAUCAUUCAAUUCUUCUGUAAAUGUUUUUUGAUUAUAUGCCUUCAUUCAUCAAAUAAUUCAUCAAGUCCCAGUUUAUCUUGAACAAACCUGAUAAAUUCUUUAAAUACAGUAUACACUAACUAAACAUUUUGUAAGGAGCACAAGUUUAUUUAAUCAUAAAUGCAAUAAUAUUAUCAACCAAUUUUAGAGCAGCAGUGCAAUGCAUAUAAGCAAUGCUUGAACACUACUGUAUUCAUUAAAUAUUGCUGCUGACAAUGUGGGCAUCCCUUUUGGCGACUAGUAAGGACAAAAAAAAGAAACCUUAAUUUGUCACACAUUAUUUUCAUUGUAUAUCCCAGCUUGUUAGGCUGUUGGUCAGAGCACACUUACUGUACGAGAGAAGUGAGAUAUUUUUUUUUUGAGGAUUUGAACUGUCGUCUGUUUGUAUUUGUGCAGCAGAGAUCAAAUUAUAUAACUUGGAUACCAGCAAUGACAGUGAUUUCAAACAUGUUCCCCAAAGCAUUACAAAACAGAGCAGCAACAGAAAAGUAAUAACAUUUACAGUAUUUUUGUAUGUGAUAUGUUCGCUAAAAAUUAAAACUGGUUUGACAGUUGUGCUGCCUAUCAUGAAAAAUAUCAGUUUUUCAACCAGAACAGUGUAUUUAAAGUCAUAGGAACAUGUUAAAUACUCCAAUAACUUAUUAAGCAAAUAACGUGCUAUGUGAAAUUAUCUUUGUAAAAUGGUUAAAUAGCACAGAUUUAUUUUUAAUCUCAUCAGUUUACUUGAGUCAUUAGAUCUUGUUUUUUGCUUUUUACUCACACAGACUUAGAUUUUAAGUUCUGUCUGAAAUCUCCUGGUUUUAAUUUAAAAUUCAAAUAGUGUUAAAAAUUAUUUAAAAUAAAAUGCAAAA